GGAGGCGGGGAGCGGCGGGGCCGCGGCUGGCUGCAGCGGCGGGCGCGGAGCCCAGAGCGGGCGCGGCGGAGCAUCCUCGGGCACCGCGGCCCCGGUGCGGGCCGCCCUCCCCCGCAGCCCCCGGCCUCCUAUGGGCGGUGCCGGCGUCCCGGCCCCCGCACGCCCGUCCCGCUCGGCGUUAGCAUGGGCACGGUGCUCUCCCUCUCCCCCGCCGCCUCCUCGGGCAAGGGCGGCGGCGGCGGGGGGCUGCUGGGCGACAAGGCGCCGGGAAGGGUGCCGGGCAAGGGCGAGAGCCGGCUGAAGCGCCCCAGCGUGCUCAUCUCGGCGCUCACCUGGAAGCGGCUGGUGGCCGCCUCGGCCAAGAAGAAAAAGAGCACCAAGAAGGUGACGCCGAAGCCCGGUGGCGGGGCCCCGGGGGGGGCCCCGGGCCAGCCUGACCCGCUGGUGGUGCAGCGCAACCGCGAGAACUUGCGCAAGUCGGUGGUGGGGCCGGCCGACGGUGCCAAGCAGGGCCCGCUGGCCGUGCCGGUGCCCACCGUGCCCUCGGCGCCGCAGGAGCUGCACCCGGGCUCCGGCGGGGGCAAACCGCCACCGCCGCCGGCCGGCAGCCGGCCCCCGGGCUCCCCGCGCCGGGUGGUGGUGCAGGCGUCCACCGGCGAGCUGCUGCGCUGCUUGGGGGACUUCGUGUGCCGUCGCUGCUACCGGCUGAAGGAGCUGAGCCCCGGCGAGCUCAUCUCCUGGUUCCGCAGCGUGGACCGCUCGCUGCUCCUGCAGGGCUGGCAGGACCAGGGCUUCAUCACCCCGGCCAACCUGGUGUUCGUCUACCUGCUGUGCCGGGAAGCGCUGCGGGGAGAAGACAUCGGGAGCCAGGCCGAGCUGCAGGCCGCCUUCCUCACCUGCCUCUAUCUCGCCUACUCCUACAUGGGCAACGAGAUCUCCUACCCGCUCAAGCCCUUCCUGGUGGAGGGCGACAAGGGGCGCUUCUGGGAGCGCUGCCUGGGCAUCAUCCAGCGCCUCAGCGCCAAGAUGCUGCGAAUCAACGCGGACCCGCACUACUUCACGCAACUCUUCCAGGACCUCAAGAGCGAGGGCGAGGGCGGAGACGGGUCCAAGCACUGGACGAUCAGCCUGGAUCGCUAAGGGAGGUACCGGGCCCCCCGGCGCCGGGGGCGGAAGGGGCCGCGCACCGAAGGGCGGGGAAGGCGAAGGACUGCCGGAUCCCCCCACCCCGCCCCGCUCCCCCCGCAUCCUCCUCGCCUUCCCCCGUCCACGGAGACGCUGCCUUGGACCCUCAAUGCUCCGGAUCCGGCGGCUCCCCCCCACCCCCCCCCCCUUCCGACCCCAGCGGGGGGCUGCGGUCCGGGACACCGAGACGGCGGAGAAGACCGGAGGGGGGAGGGAGGGGGGGUGUGUGUCCCCUCCCGCCUGCGCGAUGGGGAGGCGGGGGGAAAGGCUGCCGAGGAACGGAUGCUCCUGGAUGCGUUUUCUCUAGAAAAAAAAAAAAAGGGGGGGGGGGGAAUGGAGCUGGGGGUCGGGGGCAGGACGGUGCGGGGGGGUCUGCUGGGUGCUGCGGUGCAUGUGAAGGAACCCGCCCCCCCCCCCAAGCCGCGGGCAGAGCCGGGCGCCGGAGCUGUCCGUGGUGCUGGAGCCGCCGCGGCUGAGGAGACAAAGGCGGGGGGGGGGGCGGGCAAGGCCGGGGGGGCCGCGGGCUUUCGUGUUGAGGGCGCUGCCUCCUCCCCCCCGCCCCUCCCCGCGUGGGAGACAUGCCCCCGCUCCCCCCCUCCCCAGGCAUGGGCGACGCUACCCCUCACCCCCCGGGAGCCGCCCGCAUGCCCCUUUGUUCGAGCCGCUGGGGGGGGGGGCACCCCUUCUCCCCGUGGGUAACGUUCCCCCUCCCCCGCGGUGCGCCCCCCGAAACGGGGUGCUGGUGGGGUGAGCGUCGUUCCCCCCACACCUUGGCUUUCUGCGGGGAAAGGGGUCUGUGCCAGAGGAGGCCCAGGGAGCCCGGGGGGAAGGGGCCUGCUAUGGCGGGGCGGG